AAGGAAAUGUUAUGUUUCAACAUCUACAAAAUCAAGAAUGUAAGCACACAGAGGAAAGCACCAGACAAACUCCAGAUGAUACGGAUCAACAGGGAGGAGAGAAAAGGGAAACUUACAAAACAGACAAAGUGGAAGUAAAAAAAGACCAAUCAAAGGGUAAAAAACGCAAGUCAAGUGAUGCAUCAAAUAGGGAAAAAAAGCAAGACAGCAAGGAGGAAAGACAGCCACAAACUUUUGACAUGGACAGUGAUGCAGGUCAUGAAAGUGAGGAAGUAGGGGCAAGUGACAGUGCAGAUUGUUCUCCAAAUAACCCCACAGAGGACAUUAAAGUUUUUGGACGCUUAGCCCUCACUGGCCAGAAAAAGACCCAGUAUGUUGUCUCAAAAGAAGAAAUUCAGCGCAGAAUAGAAGGGGAGAGCAUGUCCUCUAAUGUUUUUAGAGAUCUGCUAGGAGGCCGCAAGAACAAUUUGCCUGAAAUAGUCCUCACCCUUCCCAAGAAAAUAAAGACUAAGACAAGCAUUUUUAGUGCUUUAACAGAGGGCGAGGCUUCAGAUCUAGCCAUUGGUCUAACCAAAAGCCUAUGUCAAAAUGUCAGCCCAGAAUUGGUACGCAAGGACAUAAGUGACCAGAGUGCAGAAGUGACCAGGACAACUCUCGCUAGUGUACGCGCCAACUUGCAAUCGGGCCUGGAUUCUACAUCACCCUUCAGUUUGUUAACCCACACAUUUGGUCCACAGGCAGUUGAUGGGGUGUUAGGUUUCAUCAUAGAGAGUUUGAAAUGAAA